AUGGCCACUGGUAGUGUUUGUUCCUCUUCCUUUGCUUCAUUUUCUCCCAGAAAAAAGUAUGAUGUUUUUAUAAGCUUUAGAGGUGAGGACACUCGCCAUAACUUGCUUAGCCACCUUAUCACUGCUUUGUGUGAAAAAUCAAUAAAAACCUACGUAGACUACAAACUUGAAAGAGGUGAUGAGAUAUCACAAGCACUCACCCAAGCCAUUGAGGACUCCAAUAUGUCUUUGAUUCUCUUUUCACAAAACUAUGCUUCCUCAACAUGGUGCUUGCAUGAACUCACUAAGAUACUUGAAUGCAAGAGGAAGCAAGGACACAUUGUUCUACCUGUGUUCUAUAAAGUUGAUCCAUCACAUGUUCGCAACUCCAAAGAGAAGGUGCAAAAGUGGAAUGCUGCUCUCACUGAAGCUGCCAAUUUAGCUGGCUGGGACUCUAGGAGCUUCAGGGACGAAUCUAAACUUAUCAAAGAGAUUGUCAACGAUGUUUUGCGAAAAUUAUAUCAUAAGUAUUCAAGUGAUCAGUUAAGAGGCCUCGUUGGAGUAGAUGAAAAUUGCAAAUCAAUCGAAUCACUACUGGAAAAGGUCCCAAUAAUUGGAAUUUGGGGCAUGGGCGGUAUUGGUAAGACAACUGUUGCCAAGGUUGUAUUUGCCAAACUAUGCUCUCAAUAUGAAAGUUACUGCUUCUUGGAAAAUGUAAGAGAACAAUCACAGAAACAUGGGUUAAAUUAUUUACAUGAUAAGCUUAUCUUUGAGCUGCUGAAGGAUGAGCAUCACCAUAAUACCACAGCCGAAGUUGUAGGAUCCAAAUUUAUUAUGAGAAGGCUUGAAAGUAAAAAAGUUUUGGUUGUGCUUGAUGAUGUCAAUGGUUUUGAACAAUUAGAAUAUCUAGCAAGAGAAUUUAUUUGCUUGGGAUCAGCUAGUAGAGUUAUUAUAACAAGAAGAAAUAAGCAUUUGCUUAUUGGAAGAGUUAAUGAAAUACAUGUAGUCAAGGAAUUGAAUUUUCAAGAUUCCCUUAAGCUUUUCAGCUUAAAUGCAUUCAAAGACAGCAAUCCUCAAAUGGAAUAUAAAGAGCUAUCAGAAAGGGCAGUUAUGUAUACUAAGGGAAAUCCAUUAGCUUUGAAAGUGUUGGGUUCUCUUUUUCAUUCUAAAAGUAUAGAAAUAUGGGAAAGUGCACUUAGCAAACUCAGGAAAUAUCCAAACGUACAAAUUCAAAAUGUGUUAAGAUUGAGUUAUGAUGAAUUAGAUGAUGCAGAAAAGGACAUAUUUCUAGACAUUGCAUUCUUUUUUGAAGGAGAAGAUAAAGAUCAUGUCAUAAGGCUAUUAGACGCCUGUUAUUUGUUUGCCACUAGUGGAAUAGAAACCCUCCAAGAUAAAGCUCUCGUAACUAUUUCAAAAGACAACAAAAUACAAAUGCAUGAGCUGAUUCAAGAAAUGGGCUGGGAAAUAGUUCGUCAAGAAUCUAUUAAAGACCCAGGAAGGCGUAGCCGAUUGAGAGACACUGAAGAAGUUUGUGAAGUAUUGAAAAAUAACAGGGGAACUGAUGUAGUUGAAGGCAUAAUGUUAGACGUGUCUCAAAUUAGGGAACUGCCCUUGAAUGCUGACAUAUUCAAAAAGAUGGUUAAUCUAAGAUUGCUCAAGUUCUAUUCUCCCUUCAAUAAGAGAUCAUGUAAUGUGCACCUUCCCACGGGUCUUGAGUCACUGCCCCAUAAAUUAAGAUACCUUCAUUGGAAUGGAUAUCCUUUAAUGUCCCUGCCAUCAACUUUUUGUGCGGAAAUGCUUGUUCAGCUUUGCAUGCCACAUAGCCAUGUAAAAAAACUUUGGGAUGGAUCACAGGAUUUUGUCAACUUAAAGGAAAUAGACCUUAUUUUCUCCACGCAGUUGAUGGAGCUCCCAGAUUUAUCCAAGGCAACAAAGCUUGAAAUACUAAAUAUCUCCCACUGCAUAAAUUUGAGUCAUGUUCAUCCAUCUAUUUUAUCACUCGAUACCCUUGUUGAUUUUGUUCUAUAUGGUUGCCAAAAACUCAAGUCUCUUCAUUUAAGAUCUGUCAAGUACAUUGUUCUAAAUGGAUGCUUCAAUCUGAAGGAGUUUUCAUUGACCUCAGGAGAAAUAAACGUGUUGGACUUAAGAGGGACAGCAAUAGAAACAUUAGACAUGUCCAUUGGGCGUCUCAGCAAAAUUGAAAAGAUCUACGUCUGCCAAUCACUCAAAAAUGUUCCAAAGGAGUUACCUUCUUUUACAUGUCUUAGGGAACUGAAUCUUCAUAACUGUAGACACCUUGAUACGACAAAUUUGCAUAACCUACUUGAUGCUUCACGAAAUGUACAAAAGUUGAUUUUGGAUGAGUGUUGUAACUUGCAUGAACUCCCUUACAAUAUUAAACAUCUUUCAUGCCUUGAACAUCUGUCACUCAGGAAUUGCAUGAGCCUUAAAUAUAUACCACAGAUUCCACCAUCUGUUGGACAGUUAGAUGCUGUGAAUUGCACAUCCUUGGAGAUAGUGUUGGCCUCUGUGAUUUCAAGACAACAGGGGCAAAAGGGCAUAAGCAUUUCAUUUGAGAAUUGUUUGAAAUUGGAUGAACAUUCAAGGUCUAGUAUUAUGGAACAUGCAUAUUUCACAAUGAAGCAAGUUGUGCAUGCAAAUGUCAAUGUUCCACCCUAUCUGAAUAAAAGUAGUGGUGAUGUUUGUUUGCCAGGAACCAAGGUGCCGGAGUGGUUUGAAAACAAGACAACAACACAAGCUUCCAUAACUGUUGAACUUCCUUCACCCUUCCUCUUAUUGGGUUUUGUUUUUUGUGUGGUUCUUUCUCAGUUUCGGUCAAAUGCCAAGUUUGAGUAUCAUCAGAUAGUAUGUCAAUGGUGUUUGGAAGAUGGUAGAAGAAUUGGAUGCACACGUAGGUGGUAUUACAAAGCUAUCACAGCAUUGAAUUCAGAUCAUGUUUAUCUAUGGUAUGAACCAUCUUGUGACAAGAUAAUUGAGGCAGUUAAAGAAAGCCAAGCCAAUGAUGAUGAGUGCAUCACCCUCAACCUGAAUGUGUCAUUUGAAUUCUAUGUUGAAACUCAUAAUCUUUGUGAGCCCAAACAUAUUGGUUUGAUUGGCAUAAAAAAAUGUGGUGUCUGUCCGAUAUAUGCCUCAGAACAUUACAGUUUCAUAAACCACAUAGAAUUGGACAUGAAGUUAGAACAUAGAGAUAGAGAGAUUACAAUGGGGGUUGGAAGCUUUGAUGAGAAGAAAGAUGAGACUGGAAGCAGUGGAGUAGAAAUUCAGGAGCAGAAUCAAGAAAAAGACUCCUGUUAUUGCUUACCUGGGAAAAUCAAUGGCUAUGCAACCAGUGGAGACCUUCGCCAAAUCGGCGACCUCAGGAUUCUUCCAGGGAGAGAAAUUUUUUAA